AUGAGCCAGGAGCUACCGCAUGGCUCGCUCGCACCUUCCUGCGUGUCGUCUGAACACAAAGGCAAAAUACUUCGUGGCAAGAGCCAUCGACGCGUGCUCCUGCCCGUCCGAGAAGCAACAGAAAAAGAGAAGGAGCGCUUCUUUCGCGUCGCCAAACCGACCACCCAAAGACAAAGUCUUCAGAACUUCCGUGUCUCAACUCUCACACCAUACCGCGAGCCGACACAAGCACCCACGAUGUCGAAUAGCCCUCUGCUCGACAUUAUCCUCCUCCCUGUCGUACACACGCCAUCCGAACGCAGUACUACAACGAGGCAAAUUCGUACAAUAGGAGCUGAAAGCCAAAGUUCAUACCAGUCUCCAGCAGCGACACAUGGACUAGAAAUGCAUGCUUUCUUGCACGAAAUGAAGUUCGUAGCUCGCUGGCCGACACUGGCCAGCCUCCCCAAGUUGUUUACUCACCCCUUUCUGCAUCAAGACAGCCUAGCUUUCUUUGGCCUGACCAUGGCCCUCGACAGGCACAUCUAA